UUUAACAGAACCUGCGAGGCGACCCAGCUGCAGUCAGCAGAACGGGACUAUCUAUGAACCAUCAGCAUUAUUCACGGUCUUUACUCACUCAUUAAUAAAUCGUAGGUAGCACUAUCAUGCCAUUCGUAGUAUUCGUCGCGGUGUCUUUCGCUCACGUCCUCUUCACGGUCGGCGUGGUGUGCAGGCCCCUGGCGGACGCGGGCCCCUACCUGGAGCACGGCUGGGGCCAGGUGGUCCGGCUGAGACACCUGUACGCCGCCCGCCGCGGCCUCCACCUGCUGAUCAGCGGGGAUGGGAGGGUGGGGGGCUCCACCGAGCAGACCCCCAACAGCCUCAUGGAGAUCCAGCCGGUGGACAGAGGAUGUGUCGUCAUAAAGGGAAUCGCUGCCUCUCACUUUCUCUGCAUCGUCAGUAAUGGGAGACUAUACUCAUCGCUGGUGUUCAUCAGGGACGACUGCACCUUCCGGGAGCAGAUCCUCCCAGACGGGUACAACGUCUACACCUCGGCCACGCACCACGCCCUGCUCAGCCUGGGGGGGCCCCGGGGCCCCGAGGGGGGCCUGCCCGCCCACGCCCAGUUCCUCCCCAUGGUGAGCGCCCUGGAGCCGGGGCCCGUGGGGGGGCCGGGGGCAGUGGGGGGGCCGGGAGGGCCGGAGCCCAGGAGCCGGCCCCCGGAGCUGGAGCCAGUGGACCACCUGGAGGCCCUGGGGGCCCUCCCCCAGCUCAUCCACAGCCCUAGCUUCCAGAGGAGGUGACCCCCGCCAGGAGGUGACCCCCGUCUGGAGGUGACCCCCGUCUGGAGGUGACCCCCCCUUAGGAGGUGACCCCCGCCUGGAGGUGACCCCCGCCAGGAGGUGACCCCCGCCAGGAGGUCCCAGGUGGGACGCCGUUCCCUGAUGUCGACAGGCCGCGGGGCGAGGGUCAGCCCGGCAGCAGCCACAGCUCUGGGCGGCAGACGUGCAGAACGGGCUCCCAGGGAUGGACGCCACGAUAUCAUCAGGGGUCAGGGGUCAGGGAGAUGGACGCCUGGAGUGUAGCGCCACCUGCUGCCCUGAGGGACUACUGCCCCCCGGUCCAUCAGGGUCUGCUGCCCCACAGUCCGUUAGGACCUACUGCCCCCCUACUGCCCCCCUACUGCCCCCCUGUCCGUUGAGAACCAGGGGCAGACGACCGGAGACCAGCGACGCCGUGGGGACAGGCGGACGGACGGUUCACCUUCCUCUGGCAAGAAACGACUGGGAAUACAAAUGACUUCACUCCUGGCUACAGAGGUGUGUGUGUGUCGGUGCCACAGACAGACGGCCUGCUAGGCCCUCUGCGACGGUACCUGUGAUUAAGGGCUAUACGAAUACAAUUGACAUGAAUUGAAUUAGUUUAUACGAAACGUAACCCAAAUAGCGUUGUUGCGCUGUUGUGUUUAUUUAAAUCUAUGUUUACUAUGUAAAUGAUUGCGUAAUUGUGUCUGGGAGACUGUUUGUUUUCAGAUAAACAUUAAUGUGUCCCAGCACAUUUGUAUUUUAUUAUUCGCCUAAGAUAUGAUAUGCAUAUUAUGUUAAUAAUACUAUAUAAUACAUGUUAUGUAGGCUUUGUAUUAGUAUUUAUUUUGAUAUAAAUGUGUUUGUUAUACAGAUGCAUGUGCAUUCAUAUAAAUGAAUAUGGACCGAGUUGUACUCAUUGUAGCCAAAGUGCAAGUUGUGUAACAAAUAUAUAAAAGACAACCAACGCCUCUUUCAGGUUAAUCCUUCCUGGCCGCUAAACGCCCCCAAGUUCAGUGUCAACACGGACACGUGCUGCAUGGAUGCUGCUGUGAUCAGCUAAUAAAAGCGUUUGCAUGCCAACGCACAUUAACUGGUUUGACUUUUACAUCAGUAAACAGAAUGGAUCUGUUUACAUCAGUAAACAGAUCCUUUUGGAUCCAGAACCAAAAGGAUCUGGAUCCAAACACACUCUCUCCAACAUGUGAGGCCCCUUUGCAACAAGUUGUCGUAAACGUUAACGUCAGUGCUUCUUCCUAGUGGCGGUCGCGGAAACUAUUAUUUAUCCAUUUACCCAUUAUUUACCCAUGUUUAUCAUGUUAUCAGUCCUGGAGACGACCAUGAAGCUAUAGAUUUUAUUUUAUUUCAUACAUCAAUCAGUCCAGAUAGUGGUUUUUAGAAUGAUGCUCAUAACACUAAUUAUGCUAUCAGAAGUCACCAUCAAGCUGAAUAAUAAUAAUAAAUUCCUCUCUGGUAAAU